UCCUUGAGCACAGCGACAGACUGGAGCUAUCGUGGGGGAGGAGGUUCCAUGGUGACUGCUGCUGCUGAACUGCAUCCUCAUGUAGAUAUAGAUUCUUCUUACUUUGACGCCAUUUCUUGUUAGAUGGAUGAAAGUCAACACGAUGUGGCAUCAAUAGAGAAAAAUUGCUUGUAGCCGCCAAAACUGUGUGGAAGUCCUGAACGCAACGUAACAUGAAUCCUAUGAUGCGCUGGGCCUAUGCCAUACAUGACGCCAAGGACAACCAACUAGGAGAGAGGGUGCAGAGGAAACGAGAUGCUCACAAGGUCAAGCUGAGGGAAGAGAAGGAGAUGAGAAGAUUGGAUGCUAUAGAGAGAGAUAAUAAGAGAAGGACGGGACAGAAAUCACCAAGCCCAGAGAAAGAAGGAGCGGAAGAACCCAAGAUGGAAGAGACUGCAGCCUGUAAAUUUCAGAAGGAGUUGUGCUGGUGUAUACAACAGCUAGAGAUGGGCUUGGAUAAUAAGAAAGCCGGCUCACAGAAAGCUCCUGAGGCAGUGCGAUUACUGAAGAUCUUGAAGUCCUCCAAGGCACCGAUGGCCCGGAAGCGGCAGGUGAUGAGGGCAUCUUUUGGGAACUACCGAGCCAGGAUGCAGCAGGAGGAGAAGAAACACUCAGAAGAUAUGGUGAAAGGUAAGAGCUUUGCACCUGUAGAAUGCGAGAAAUUGAGCUCAGCGACGUUCUUCAGAAAAGCUUCAUCGUCAAUGUCACCUUCUUCAUAUGGUGGUCCAAGAUAUUGCAACAUCCAACCUGUCAUCCCUGAGAUGGGGAAUGAAGAAAGCGAGACGGAAACAAAUGAACAAGGAGCCCAUAAAGUAGAAAGUGAUGGGCCAGUUGAGGAAGAGGAGGAGGACAUAUUGAUGAAGAGCUUAGAACUUGAAACGAUGGAUAUGCAUCUAUGCAAAUCAGAGGAUGCGCAUGUUGCAAGGGAUGCAGGGGAUGACUCACAGAGUGCAGCUUUCCAGCAUGAUGAACAACCUCUCAUUGACAACAAAAUGGCACUGCACUCAUUGAAAAGAUUGAAGAAGGAGAGAGAGAUGGAGGAGGAGGAGAACGAGAAGGAGAAUAUACCGAGUAGGACUCCGACGGAUACCGAUGAUACAAACCAUAGUCAGGUAUCUUCCACUUUCUCCUCUUGCGCGUCUCUCUUCUCUUUCAACUUUGAGAUCAAGGAAGAGGACAUGGAUGUUCUGGGAGGAAGCCGUCCCUUCGCUGCCCAUCCUCCAAAGUCCGAUGGACUAGAGUCUCACCACAUGAUGAGAGGUUUGGACAACCGCGCCAGUGAUAGCACCAGCAGCAGCGGGGGCACCCCCACCAAGAGGGCCAGUCGCAAGCGCAACAGGGGUAAGCGGAAGCAACAGCAGCAGAAACAGAAUGAGGAUAUCCAACAGAGCGAUUCAAAGACAUCUCCUAAGGAGGCUCUCCUGACAGAGAGUCCUAAGAUAGAACUUGCGGCCAAGGAAGGGUUUAAAUUUGACUUCCCCGAACCAGUGGAGACUUGAUUGUAUUUCAGGAAGAGUGCCACAUGGCUGAUUUCUACGUAACUUGUAGAAAGUCUGUAACUGUAUUGAUGGUAUUGGCCAAGUAAGAAAUGAAAAUUGACUUUCUUGAGCAAGUUGAGUUGAGACUGUAAUGAAUUUCAGGAAGAACACUACAUACUUGUGCUUAUGUGAACUUAGGGAAAUUCUCUAAUGAUAGAGAUAAGAAAUAAUAUUGGAUUAUUAGACCACCUUGCCCUAGGUGCUCAGAGCACUCCUCAUGAGCUAGUUAGGUUACCAAUGGGGUCGCUUAACGCUUUCGAGGAAUUCCUUAUAACCAAGUACCUGUUUGUUCAAGAGUGGCAAAUCUGUCUUGUUUGGAAGUAGCUAAUGUGGAUAAAUACCUUGCCAUAUUACAUUCCUACCAUGCGGAGGCACUGAUGAAACUCAGAAGGUUGAACUUGUUUGCAUCUCUAGUCAAGUAAACAAACCAACUGCAUUAUGAAAUGCUGAUAGGAGUCAUGAAACAGAAAUCACUAAAUACAAAUUUAUGUCACCCACAAUUGCACGCCACCCUUUUUAAAGUAUUUGUAAUGUAGUUUUAAAGGAGGUGCUUAGGUUCGGACUAUUGAAAAGAGAGAAUGUAUUAUGAAUAUCAAAUGUUUGAUAGCUGUAUACUCAUGUAAAUCCAGAUAAAACAGAUACUUAUUAAAGAUACUUACAUGUAAUCCCAUUUCCUACCUCCGUGAGUGAGCAGCCCAUGAAGCUUUCAAUUUUAAACCAAUUUUUUUUUCUUCUCUCCCUUUAAAAAAAAUAUUAUACCACCACUUGUACCUAUUUUUCUUCAAUUGUUUUCAUAAGUUUCUUUAUGGUUAGUAAGUCAAUUUAUAGAUCACCCUCAUCCCAUAUUUCAUAUAUUAGCUAGUGUCAAGUACUAAGUAUUAGCUGGAUGAUCAACCACCAGGUCACAAAAAAAAUUGCUAAUGACUGGUCACUAGAAGUGCUGACCAGCAAAACAGAUGCCUGGUCGCUUGUCCAUUUUCAGCCAAUCACUUCAAUUUGGAUCUGCAUUUUCAUUUUGAUAUAAUUUUCAAAAAAUAAAUCAACAAAAAAUCAUGAAGAGCUCCUUUUCAUCUUUCUCUUGAGAAUAAUCUCUUUCAUAGUUUGCUUUAUUUCUCCCAAGGGGCAGAUUUGCUAACAGACGGAGAGACAUUCUAAGAGGAUUUUUAUGUUAAUGUCAAUUUAUCAUCCUGGCUCUUGGCGGUGUUGAAUUGCUAAUUGCACUAUUGACGCACAACAGGUUCCCUUAUCUGUUUUAUCUCAAGACAAUUCCAAACGAUAGAAUUAUAGUAUUGUUAUUUAGAUAUUUUGAAGAGAUAUAUGACAGUCUAUACUUGGCUGUAGAAGAUUCAAUUCUCAUUUGACAUGCCAUUGCUUGCAUGUAGAAACUAGAUGAAAUAAACUCUAACCUUUUUGUUAUCCAAAACUUAAAUUUGAUGGUUGUCAUGCAUGUCCAUAUUAAGGUCCUGUUUUCUCAUUUUUUGAACAAAAAUGAUAUUUCAUUAUACUCCCAUAGAAAAUGCUUUAGGCCCAAUUGAAAACUUAAUGAAAGAAUUGAAUUUGAAAGUUGAUUCUUGAAAUCUCUUUUUGGAAUUAUCUAGAGAUUUUUGUGGCGUAGAAGAAGUUAAUUCCCUCAUACAUUCCUAUAGGUUUUCCUAUGUUAAAAAUUUGUCUUCUACUAACGCAAGUCAAGAGUAAUCUUUAACUCAUAGUUUGUAUGAAUUUGAUUUCUUUCGUUAAUAUACAGAAAUACUUUUCUAAUCAGUUUGAUCAUACUACGUUUACCACCACCACGAUGAAACAUUAGGGACUCAUUUUUAAGCAGGGUUGACGAGGCACGCUGACAGUUGUUCGUUACCUUUUCGAUUUUACACAACUACAACGCUCGCUUAGUGAGCGCGAAACUCAAUCGAAUAGCUUAAGAUAUAACACCAAAUUCGGUGCCUGGCACUGUUCUAAAAAAUUAUGCUGCUUAGUGAGCGCGAAAUUCAAUCGAAAAGCUAAAGAUUCAACACACCAAAUUCGGUGCCUGGGACUGAUCUCGAAAAUUAUGCUGCAGCAGAUUGGCGAUGCACAAAUAAAAUGUGUUCAUUUUAUGAAUCAUUCUGUAACAAUUUUGAUUUGAGGGAAAUUACAGACACAAAAAUGUGUUAAUUUAAGAAAAUUCAUGCUUCCACCACUCUCCGGUUCUUUAAUUAGGUCAAUUGGGUCCAUUUUGUGACUUUAACGUGAUGUUUUGUGCCUACAAAAGAUUGCUUACGAACAUGUAUCGUCACAGCUUGCGAACGACGGCAAAACAAGGGCGAACUCGUUCGAGAAUUCUGCUACAAACGAUGAGCUCGUCAAUGCGCAUGCGCACUGCUUUAAAAGUGACCACAUACGUCGCAGUCCACUAGUGAACGUGCAAAUCGAAAAGUCCCUAUUAAGCCUUAUGAAUAUGAUGUACAUUUAUAUCCUGUCAUUUCAUGCGUUACUUUUUCCGCAUCCUUGGUUUUUCUCCUUGAAUAUGUUUUACCUGAUUGCCUCAUCACUUGCAACCUUGCUUCCUACCCUCCUAAACAAUCAUGAAUUUUUCAUUGAAAUCUAUCGUCGUGCUGGACUAGUUAUGAAAAUUCUAAUGCAUUAAAGAUGUCCUUCAGAGUCACCCAUCGAUGGCCUUAAUCAAUUCUAAAUUCCCAAGUCAUUCCUUUGAUUAGAAUUGCUCAAGUCCCUGGAGGUUGAUUUCAGAAUUUUGUCAGGAAGAAAAAGAGAGAUAAGUGAUAUCUGAUGUGCCACAAUGCAAUCUACCAUAUUAUAAACAGAAUAUAAGUAUAUACAUGUACAUGUGGCUUGCUUCUUUCCUGUGAUCAUAGACAGAGAACAUUUCAUUCUGACAUACUUUACUUUAUUGAUGUUUCAAUGCUGUUAUGUGGGCAUUAUAUACAUUAUGUAUUCCAAUCAGCAUCACAUACCUCUCUGACAUCAGUGAAUUAUUCCUGCUUUACUCAGUGUAUUAUUCAUCCAAUUGGAGCCGGAAGGGCAAUAACUCUCAGAUGUAACACCGAUUUAACACCCUUUUGUCUGUGAACAGACAAUCUGAUCCUUGGACAUGUGCAUGUAUCUGGGACAAUGAAUACAAGACAAGUUAUUUGAUACUGAUGCUAUUAAGUGGAUUAAAAGGGCACAACUCAUCCAUUUCCCCAUCCCCUUUAAACCCCAAUGGACAUACUGUAAGCCUCCCCCCCCCCCCUCCAUUCCAUCCAAGAAAAAGUGUCCCCUUUUUAAUUUGAAAUCCAAUGCAUUAGAUAGAGGUAAUCUAUUUGUCUUUCUUCUUUUUGUUUUAUUUUUUUUGCUUUGAUUUUUUAAAAGUAAAUUAGCACAUGAAAAUUAUGAUACCCUUUUUUGGAACUGUGCCCCCCUCCUCCAUCUUUGAUAAAUCCUAGAUCUGCCCCAUCUGAUGCAUCUAAUUUUCAAUGCUGCAUGAGAAACAGACAUGAUAUGCUGAUUCUGAGGGUUGGUUAUAUGUACCGUAAUUAUAGACAAGAUGGAAGAGAUAUAGGCGGGCUGA